AUUCCAACGAUUUUGGAGUUUUAGAUUUUCCAUUUUUCGGAUUUUGAAUUUUGAUAAUUUCAUAACACAUGAUGAUAUUCCAGGAAAAAAAAAUGAAAAUCAGCAAUAACUAUAUAUGUCAAAGUUGGUUCUUCCAAUCCUGUUAUAGGAAAUGGAAUCAAUACGAGAGAGAACGAUGGGAGGGAGGAGGAGGCGGCGGCGAUGGUGGGUGAUGCUCAUCGUCACAGUCGCCGUAACCGUCAGCGUUACCGGCAUAAGCUUUGACAGCCCACAAGAGAAAAACGAUUCCGUUGUGGUUUCUCGGAUUGCCUUUGGAUCAUGCGCUAACCAAAGCGCCCCUCAGCCCAUCUGGAAUGCUAUAAUCGACUUUGAUCCCCAUGUAUUUAUUUGGCUUGGUGAUAACAUUUACGGAGACAUCAGGCGUCCUUUUAGAGUGUUUGGAAAGGAAAGGACGAUUGGACCCUGGAAGAAUGUUCCUAGAUUCAUUCCUUCCUCCGAACAAGAAAUGGUCUCCAGAUACCAUAAAGCUAAGUCCAAUCCCAUGUAUACUCAUCUUCGAAACACUGCUAAGGUAAUUGGAACAUGGGAUGAUCAUGAUUACGGCCUCAAUGAUGCUGGAAAGGAAUUUGAUAGGAAAUCCGCUAACCAGAGGCUUCUUCUUGAUUUCUUAGAUGAACCUCAACAUAGUCCAAGGCGCAAGCAAGAAGGAGUAUAUGCAUCAUACAUGUUUGGCCCUAUAGGUAGACAAGUGAAGGUUAUCCUUUUAGAUACUAGGUACCAUCGAGACCCUCUACGUAGUGAUGGAAGUAUCUUGGGGAGUUUUCAGUGGACAUGGUUAAAAAAGGAGUUGAAUGGUCCACCAUCGCCUAUUACAAUAAUUGGGUCUUCGAUCCAGGUUAUUUCAAAUCUUUCAGCAACCACUGGCCCAUUGUUUUAUUUGGAGUCCUGGGGACGUUUUCCAAAGGAGAGAGAUCGCCUUUUCAAACUGAUAGCAAACAGUAAGAGGGAUGGGGUCUUCUUCAUAAGUGGAGAUGUUCAUUUUGGAGAAAUUACACGAUAUGAUUGUGCCACCAGAUAUCCUCUAUAUGACAUAACUUCAAGUGGGCUUACCCAAGCAGUUGAGAAGGCAGUCCCAUCACCAUUACAUUUCUUGGUGAGAUUUGUGGCAUGGUUGACUCCGGCUCCUCUUAGAGUUAAAAAUCGAAACUGCAGAUAUAAAUCAUGUACUUAUGGCCAACCAAAUUUUGGAGCAAUUGAGAUUCGCUGGGAUGCAACUCCUGUUAUGUUGAGAAUUGAAGUCAGAGAUAUGAAUGGCUUCUCUGUGACAGGUGUAACUAUACCAUUGUCGGAACUACGAGCACAGAAUGUCAAAUCCUCUGCCACCAGUAAAUCAGAAGAAUAUGGGAGGAACUGCUCUCUUGAAGUUACUCUACCAUGGAUUGUCCGAUAUCGCCUUGCUGUAUUGUUUUAUUCUACUGUUGCUGUGUUGGUUCUUGCUUUGGUAGGAGUCGGUUAUGUAGCUCUGUUAGCGUUUAGGAAAUGCUUCCAAAAAUGCAAGCGUGAUUGACCAUGCAAGCGAUGAUAGAUACUCAGGUUGCAGCACAGAUUUUAAUGACCAAGCCUUUAGGAAAUGCUUCCAAAAAUGCAAGCGUGAUUGACCAUGCAAGCGAUGAUAGAUACUCAAGUUGCAGCACAGAUUUUAAUCACCAAGGGACAAGUAUUGACCAUGCAAGCGAUAUAGAUGCCAUUUUCCUUUUUCAUUUUGUUAAAAAAAUAAUGAGAAAAUAGUAGUUACAUACCAUUUAUAUUUCAACGAAAAGAAAAAAAAUCAUGGCAGUUUUUAAUUGUAAUAGGUGUUGCUAUUUGCUUGAA